AUUACUGGUUGACUCUUGUUGGUGCUGUUUUUAUGUCGUUGACUGAAUCUUUCCUCUUCACCAAGCUAGUGUUGUGCUGGAUUUUCUAGCUUGCCAAACAGGGUGAGUAAGCAGGAAGGAAAAUUGCUUUGAGUUUUUCCUCCAAUGAUUAAUUAUUGAUUAGUUACUUCAUAUCCUGUUGCUCUCUUGCUUUAGGCAAUCUUUGAUUCAAUUUUGACAAAUUUCGCACCCUUUUCUUUUUCGUCCUUUUCUGCCUUUUUCUUAAGUUUUCUGCUUUAUCCCUUCUCGAUUUUCUCUCCGAGUGGGAAUUCGAAGUCUCUCAAAAUUCUUCCCAGCCCUCCAUCUCUGUUCCAAUUCCUCCCUACUUUCCUUUUCCCCUUAUCUUCUUUUCAAAGUGAAGGAGAGUUCUCCCUUUCCCAUUUCAAAACUCCUUCCACAAGUUGGGCUGUCGUUGCCCUCGGAUUUCUCAGCAACCAAUCAUCGUAGAUCCUUAGUUGAUGGUUGGGGCUUGAAUAUAAACAAUGGGGUCUGGUUGGAAUGCUGAUGUAAUUGAACGGGUCGAACUUCCGUUUCAAUCUUCGCUGUGCUGAAGUGAGAGGUACCCAAUUUGGGAAUGGAGCGCUGCAUUUAAUUGUCAUCUACUGUUUUGUUCCCAUUAACACAUUAAGGCGGUUUCACACCAACUUUAAGAGGAGUUUCUCUUGUCUGUAUCUGUGUAUUUGCUUGUCCAUGUGUCUGGGGGCGAAGAAUAAUAAAUGGUCCAGCUCCGUAUGUUUUGAGGGUUUUUGAGUUCUUCUGUAAGCUGGGUUGGGCUUGCAACUUUUGCAAGCUGUUGCAAAGUCUAGGACAAAAGCUUCCAUCUGUUAGAAACAGGACACUUAAAUUUUGAGGUUUUCCCCUCUUGUUUUCCGGGGUAUGUUCUCGGUUUGAUCCUUCUUUUGUUCCGAUUUUUCCUCCGUUUCCUGUCUCUAUUUGCUUGAAAAUUGUUUAUUCUCUUAGUAGAUUGGGUUGCCUUACAUAGUGAUAUCCUUCAAAUGAUGUGUCAACAUGGAUGGAUGCUCUAGGAAGACAAAGAGACACCAGGACAGCCUUUCAAUUGUAUUAUAUUCCAAAGGUCACAUGAUAACAUGAAUAAGAUAAUAAGAAAAGAAAGGAAAUGGAUUUAUAGUAGUUGUCUGAUCCUUUUUUUUUCUUCUUCUUUCUUGUAGAGGUUUGAGGUAAGUUGAAGUUCUGCCAAAUUGUGCAAUAAAUAACUCAUUUAAAUUAAUGUCUCUUUCUUUGUUUGUUGCUCUCAGCUAAUUUGGCCUAUCGAUCGGGGCAACUGUGGCGGAUUGCUUUUGACUAGAGGAUAAAAAUGGGACCGUGGUUUUCCCAAUAUUGGAGGUCUUAAUAAAGGAGGGUUGUGGUUUUUAUGUGUGGAGAUCUUUGGAGGCUCUGGAUUGGUUGACCAUUCACAGCUGUUUGGGAAGCUCCAUGUGAGAUCUGCCCUGGCAAACAGAAAAGACCCCCUUUUACUUGCAGCUAGAGAUGCCUUGUUGUUCAUUCUGAGGAAAAUGGGAGCUUGUUGUUCAACCAGCACUAGGAGUACUUGUAGCAGCAGGAGCAAUGGAGAAAAAGGCCCAUCACCUCGCCUGGGGAUCAGGUUUUGUGGGCAGAAGAGAACCAAGAAGACAGUUUCUGAUCAUACAAUGACACUGCAGCAUUUGGCCUCCAUACCUAACCGGAUCUUUGCCAAUGGAAAGAGCAGAAGUUCAUGUAUCUUCACACAGCAAGGCCGCAAGGGCAUAAAUCAGGAUGCCAUGAUUGUGUGGGAGGAUUUCUUGCCAGAAGAUGUGACUUUUUGUGGAGUUUUUGAUGGCCAUGGACCACACGGCCAUCUUGUUGCCAGGAAAGUGAGGGACACCUUGCCUGGAAAAUUGAUGUCUUUCUUGGACACUAAUCAGCCCAAGCAAGAUGGGUCGGGUCAAAUAUGCUGUAAUGGAAAUUCUAAGAGGUUAGAAGAUGGAGGAGACCUUGAGAAAGAUGGAUCAAUCGAGGACAAAUUGGAUUCUUUGUGGAGAGAAGCAUUUAUGAAGUCUUAUAAAGCCAUGGAUAAAGAGCUCAAAUCCCAUCCCAACUUGGACUGUUUUUGUAGUGGGAGCACUGCAGUAACGAUAGUGAAACAGGGCUCUAAUCUGUUUAUGGGGUAUAUUGGGGAUUCUCGUGCGAUCAUGGGUUCCAAAGACAGCAACGACUCCAUGGUGGCUAUCCAGUUAACUGUUGACCUAAAGCCUGAUUUGCCAAGAGAGGCUGAGCGGAUUAAGCGGUGUAAAGGUAGGGUCUUUGCUUUACAAGAUGAGCCUGAAGUUUCAAGAGUUUGGUUGCCAUUUGAUGAUGCCCCUGGCCUAGCAAUGGCCCGUGCAUUCGGAGAUUUUUGUUUGAAGGAGUAUGGAGUAAUAUCCAUACCAGAAUUCUCUCACCGGCUGCUGACUGAGAGAGACCAGUUCAUUGUUCUUGCUUCCGAUGGGGUGUGGGAUGUUUUGAGCAACGAAGAGGUGGUGGACAUUGUGUCCUCAGCUCCAGCUCGGUCGUCAGCUGCGAGAUUAGUGGUGGACUCAGCUGCUCGGGAAUGGAAGCUCAAAUACCCGACUUCCAAGAUGGACGACUGUGCAGUGGUGUGUUUGUUUCUCGAUGGGAAAAUGGAUUCGGAAUCGGACUGUGAGGAACAAGGGUUUUCAUCUGCAACCCUACAAAGCAAUCACUCUGGUAAUGCAGCUGAAUCAGAUGAUGGGGGGCAGCAGAAGUCCGAGCCAUGCCUUCAACGGAACUUCACAGUGAGGUCCUCGGAGGAAAACGAGGCGUACGGAAGACCAGCAGGGGGUGAUGGGACGACGAUAGGUGCCGCCGAGGAUGAAGGUUGGUCAGGGUUGGAAGGCGUGACGCGAGUGAACUCACUUGUUCAGCUCCCGAGAUUCUCAGACGAAAGACCAAGCACUUAGAAAUCAUUGUUUCGCCCCCAGUGUUGACUUUCAAUUCGGAGGAGUGACUGUCUGAAGCUGACUCAUUGUUUGGGUUAGAUUCUUAUGUUAAGAUUCUAGUGGUGCUUUCUGGCAAUGCCAGAAGUUUGUGCAGGAGGUCAACUUUGUUGCUACUGCUGCUGCAGCUACCUGUUUGUUUGUUUGUAGUUGUCACACAGGGUUGCGUUGUAGUGAAAUGGGGGAUACUUUGUCAGUGUCAAUGGAUUGAACUUGAAGCAAUACAUUUUGUGUGUAUGAUAUUAUGAAUUUGUAUCUGAAAGUUGACUGGUGGUAUCGUGGAUGAAAUGUUCACCUCAAAAGUAGUUAAGAUGCUGCUUUCAGGGGUUUCGUUUUAUAAUCAACUGAAAUGAUCAUA